AUGGCCCCCUCGACCGCUGCCACUGCUGCUGCCGACGACGCGCCCUGGAAACCCAUCGCCGCACAGAAACAGCGCGACCGAGCAUCGCGGAUCCCCUCGAAAUGGCACAUUCCUGCGUCAGCCCUCCCUAAAGACCCUCCCACCCUCGCCGACGGGCCACAGAACGUGCUGCACCUCCCCCGCCAGUUCCUCACGCACGCGGAGAUUGAAAUCACAGAAGGAUAUACCGUGGAGACGCUCGUCUCGGCGAUCGCGCAAAAGAGACUUACGAGCGUCGCAGUUGCCGACGCAUUCUGCCACCGGGCCGCCAUCGCGCAGCAGUUGACGAACUGCCUGACCGAGCCGCUGUUCAGGGAGGCGGUCGCGCGCGCGAAAUUCCUCGACGACUAUCUCAGCACGCACGGACAGCCGUUCGGACCCUUGCACGGCCUGCCCGUCAGCGUCAAGGACACAUUUGACGUGCAGGGCGUCGACACGUCGAUCGGCCUGGCGUACCUGUGCAACAAGCCCGCGCAGAGGAAUGCGCCCCUCGUGGACCUCCUCCUCAGCUUGGGGUGCGUGGUCGUUGCGAAGACGAACAUCCCCCAGACGCUGGCCAGCCUGGACAGCGUGAACAACAUCUUCGGCCGCACCAUGAACCCGAUCAACCGGCUCUGCACGGCCGGCGGGUCCAGCGGCGGCGAAGGCGUGCUCGUCGCCAUGAAGGGCUCCAUGCUCGGCAUUGGCACCGACAUCGGCGGCAGCAUCCGCGUGCCCGCCAUGUGUAACGGCGUGUAUGGCUUCAAACCGAGCAACCUCCGAUUGCCGUACGGGGGCCAGGCACUCACGGGCGCCGAGGGCACGAGCCGUACGAGCGUGCAGGCCGUGGCGGGUCCCAUCGCCCGCAGCGUCCGGGACGUGGACUUCUUCCUCGCGCACGUGAUGCCCCUGGCCACGGCGUGGGGGGAGGACUGCAUGCCGUGUACGUGGACGUUGCCGUCGCCGUCGCUAUCCGAACCCCCGCAAACGGCCGUCAAGGGGAGCGGCCCGAACGGCGAGCUCGUCAUCGGCAUCCUGCGUAGCGACGGCAACUGUACGCUCCUCCCGCCCAUCACGCGCGUGCUCAACGAAGUGGCCGUCGCGUUGGCCGGCCGCCGCGUCAUCGUCAAGGAGCUGCUCACGCCGCCGGCGUGGACGAAGGCGCAGUCCGUGAUGAGCAAGCUGAUGGGCGUGGACGGCGCGACCGUCAUGCAUAAAAUGAUCACCGAUUUCAAAGAGCCGCUCGUGCCGUGGAUGGCCUCGCGCUUCCGCGCCGGCAAGGCCCAGCCCCUCGAGCGCGUCGCCGAGCUGCAGGCCCAGCGGUCGGCGCUGGAACGCGAGAUGCUCGCCCUGUGGAGCGAGGUGGACGAGUUCGGUCGCCGGAGACCCGUCCUCGACGCGAUCGUCUGUCCCGUGGCGCCUCACCCGGUACCGCCGAUCGAGGGAUACAACGCCGUGGGCAUGACGAGCAGUUUCGUCCUGUUCGACUACCCGGCCGGCACGGUGCCGGUGCGCAACGUCGUGGCCGACGAUUUGGAGCUCGGACGGCCCCUUGCCGCGGGCAAUAUCUUGAGUUCCUGGGACGUGCGGUGUCGCGAGCUGUGGGACGAGCAUGUCACGGAUCGGAGGGUCUACUUGGGUACGCCGCUUAGUGUGCAGGUCGUGACGCAGCGGGGCCGGGACGAGUGGUUGUGCAGAGUCAUGGGCGUUGUUGAUGAGGCUGUCAAGGCCGAGAAUGCGGCGUCGGCGGCGGCAGCAGCAGCGGUCAAACCGCGGUUGUGA